AUGUCUGGAGCCAUGAAGAAGUUUAUCUUGGUUUCGGUUUCGCUCUCGCUCUACCUCUUUCUGAGCGUUGUCUCGGUGACGGCCAACGAAAGGCCCAGCAAUGGCGGUGCAAACUACGCCACGCUCAGCUGUCGCGAAACGCGCAGUCGUACCUGCUGGGGUAACGGUCACGGUGUCAACUGUGGCCCGAUCCCAGCAGCCAACUACGCGGGUGAAUCAGUAGAUCCUAACGGCUACCUCGCUGGAGCCUACGGAUCCAUCACGAGCGAUGCCCUCCCCGGCGGCUGUCCGCACGUUGCCGAAGGCGCCAAAUUCACCGUCUUCGCCUCUCGUUCGUACGAUAACUGGCACACGCAACAAAACAUCAAGCUGUAUGUCGAGGUGGUCAACACCAACGGUUGGCUCACGCUCAACACCAAGCUCGACAAAGGAGGUGGCUGCAAUCUGCCCGUGACGCAUAACGUCGGCGACGAUCAUUACGGUGCCCAAGAGUGGGAGGCUAAGGGUGACUAUGAGCACCAUUGUUGGUGA